UGUAGCUAGAAGCGGCUGCUCAGAUUCUAUGCAAGGUGGGGAAGAGGAGGAGGAGGGAGGAGGAGGAGGAGGAGGUAACUAGGCUCGCUCAGAUCUCCUCCCCUCAGUCCCCUGGGAUAGGAGGUGCAGAAGCUCCAUCCAAAUCCUUUGCGGGAAGAAGAAUUGGGGAUCCACCGUAGCCGGGAGUUUGCACCAGCAAAGAAAAACAAAGGAGGAGGGAAAACUCCAGGAACUGAAACCAGCAGCAACCUUUUCCCAGCAACCAAGCAAGCAGCCCACAGGCGCGCACGCACAGCUUUGCAGCAGGGUUAAAAGCGGGCGGCAAGAAACUGACCAGACUCGUCAUGGCUCCUAGUCAAUUUCAGCUUUGCAGUGCCACCAGACAGAAAAGCCGGCUCUGGAAGGAGAAUCUGCUGUUUCUGGGGUGCACCUUAUGGGUUUCUCUUUGCCCCCCCAGAUGUGCUGCUUUUAAUCUGGACACUAAAUUCUUGGUGCUCAAGAAAGGCAAGACUCCGAACAGUUUCUUUGGAUUCUCCGUUGCUCUCCAUCAUCAAACGAAUCCGCAAAGAUACCUGCUGCUUACCGGAGCUCCCCGUGAUGUGGACAGUGAGAAUACCACACGGGUUGGUGCCAUGUAUGCUUGCCCACUGAGUGCUGACACUGGAGACUGUCAACGGGUGGACUUUAAAGUGGAAAGCGAACCCCAAAAUAAUAUCGUGGAAGACAUGUGGUUGGGAGUGACAGUAGCAAGCCAGAGAAUGACUUCUGGGAGAGUGAUGGCUUGUGCUCACCGUUUCACCAGGAUCUUGUGGGCUGGCUCUGAAGACCAGAGACGCAUGGUGGGGAAGUGUUACAUCCACGGCAAUGACUUGCGCCUUCACGAGGAUGAUGUGUGGCAGACAGACGGGAAUGAGAUGUGCAAUGCCAACACCGACUUUGAGAAGACGGGCAUGUGCCAGAUGGGCAUCAGUAGUGGAUUCACCACGGACAGUGUUUAUUUUGGAGCUCCUGGUGCCUACCACUGGCAAGGCACAGACUACGUGAUCCAACAAGGGAGUGAAGCAUGGGAACAAACUAGUUUUGAGUAUGAAGAUCAAAGGAAGGAUGGCCACCACUAUUUGGGUUAUACCAUUGAGGCAGGAGCUUCAGUGCUGCACAGUCAAAUCAUCACUUUCAUCUCGGGGGCUCCCCGUUACAAUCACACUGGGGCUGUCUUCCUGAUGGCUACUGCCUCUAAGAUCCUUCAGGCAAAUCUGAUGCUUUAUGGAGAGCAAGUGGGUUCCUAUUUUGGCAGCGCCAUUGCUCUGGCUGACCUCAACAGUGACGGGUGGCAGGACUUGAUUGUUGGAGCACCAUACUAUUUUGACCGGAAGGAGGAGAAGGGUGGAGCUGUCUAUGUGUACAUGAACCAUGAUGGGAUGUUCCAUAGCAGCCCCACCAUCACCCUGACAGGCCCCAAAAAUUCCACGUUCGGCUUCGCCAUCGCUAACAUUGGGGAUGUUGACCAGGAUGGUUUCCAAGAUAUUGCCAUUGGAGCUCCAUUUGAGGGCUCAGGGAAGGUGUACAUCUACCACAGCAGUGUGGGGGGGCUUGUUGAUAAGCCCCGGCAGAUCAUUAGUGGGGAAGACAUCGGCUCUGGCAUCAAGACCUUUGGCUACUCCUUCAGUGGUGGCAUGGAUGUAGAUGAGAACUCCUACCCUGAUCUCCUGGUGGGGACCCUCUCUGAGAACAUUGUCCUGCUCAGAGCCCGUCCUGUGGUCAACAUCUUAAACAAGACCUUUACAGUUACCCCAAGCAUGCUGGACCCAACCAGAUGUACUGAGGACUCUUGCAUCAAGGUGCAGCUCUGCUUCUCCUAUUCCCAAAGUGCUGGAGAUCCCAAGUAUAAAGAGACUAUCAGGCUGAAUUACGUAGUGGAGGCUGACCGGGGCCGCCGGCCACCUCGUGUCUACUUUGAUGGUACACAGUCUGCCAUCUACAAGGGACAGUUUUCCAUGCCAAACACCAAGUGCCAAACCCUGAAGGUUCUGCUACAGGAUGACGUGCGAGACAAGCUGCACCCCAUUGCGUUUUCCAUUAACUAUUCCCUCGCCGAGAAACCAAUGCGGUUCCAGUUGGGCCCACGUUCCCUUGACGCCUUUCCUGUCUUGAAUGAGGAUCAGUCCCAGCAGAAUCAGACUGAGAUUCAGUUCCAGAAGGAAUGUGGAACUGAUAACAAAUGCAACAGCAACCUGCAGAUUGCGGCCUUCUUUGCCAAUGAACAGAACCAGAUGCUGCCCAGGCGGGAUGGCAUGCAGGUGCUGCAGUACAGCCGCGAAGUCAAGAAACUGAACCUGAACAUCACUGUCACCAAUAUGCCGACAACCCCCAUCAACGGGGAGGAUGCUCACGAGGCCAUCCUCAAUAUCACCGUUCCGCCAUCUCUGCGGCCUUCCUCUGUCCGGCCGAGUGGGGCUUGCAGAUUUGAGGAAAAGACGGUGAUGUGUGAACUAGGCAACCCCUUCAAGAAGAAGCAGCGGGCAGAGCUGACUAUCACAUUUGAAGUUAUUGGAAUUACUCUGAACACCCAGGAUGUCACCGUCCAGGUGGAGCCUUCCACGAUCAGCUACCAAGAAAAUCUGAUGCCAGUAUCAGCAGUCCUGAUGGUGGAUUAUACCGUGGAAGCGUCUCUGACCAUAACCCAACGGAGGCUCCAGUCAUAUUUUAGUGGGACAGUCAUGGGUGAGUCAGCGAUGAAAAGUGAAGCUGAUGUGGGCAGUCCCAUCCAAAUUGGCUUCAAGGUGACCCAAAAGGGUGAACCUUUGGAUUCCCUGGGAACAAUUGUGUUGGGCUUUGAAUGGCCUUAUGAAGUCAGCAAUGGGAAAUGGCUGCUGUAUCCUACGGAAAUUCUGGUCCAAGGGAAUAAGACCUGGCGCUGUGAACCCCCCGGGCAGGUCAUCAACUACCUCAACCUCACACUCGACAGUAGCAGCACCUCGAGACGGAGGAAGCGCGAACUGGCGGCAUCUCCAGACGCUGAGCUUCCUGUCACCUUGGCAGCUUCAAAGAAAGCCAAGUCAGAAACGUCACUGAGCUGUUCGAAAGGAACGUCUCGCUGCAUCUGGUUUGAGUGCCCGCUAUGGGACGCUGGAUCCUCUACACGUGUGAUCGUCCGAGCCCGGGUCUGGAACAGCACUUUCAUUGAAGAUUACAACAACUUUGACCGUGUGAAGGUGGAUGGGCAAGCUACACUGUUCCUCAGGACAAAUAGUUCCACCAUCAACAUGAAAAACCACACUGUGGGGUUCUAUGUGGACAUAGAUUCCGAGCUGAGCGAUGAGCAGCCGGCUGAGAUUGAGCUGUGGCUGGUGUUGGUUGCUGCUGCUGCUGGACUUCUGCUUUUGGGGCUCAUCGUCUUACUGCUGUGGAAGUGCAACUUUUUCAAGCGAACCCACUACUACCGAAUCAUGCCCAAGUACCAUGCCAUUCGGAUCCGGCAGGAGGAACGUUAUCAGCCAGCCGGUGGCUUUCUGCCUCCAAAGCACAAGAAGCAGUGGGUGACAAACUGGCAAGAGACGGGGAGAUACUACUGAUGCCUGCUGCCUUCUUCCCUGUCCUCCUCUCUCCUCAUGGGCUGCAUCGCUUUCUUCUGUAAAUAGUGCUGGACCAACAAAGGAACUGCUAUUUAAACCUAAAUUAUAUGACCCAGGUUUGGUGGUGACCCAAAGCUUUCUCCAGAAACUGUGAUCUUAAGGAGGAACUGAUCCUGCACGAUGAACCCGCUAGGCAUAUGUGAAACAAUGCAGUGAGUGGAUCACGAGGCACAAAGGGGCAAUUUUUUCAUAUGCACUGGUGAAUGCCUUUCUCUCCCCCCACCCCCAGGGCUCUUAGAAUUAUAUUUCUGUGUGACAACAGGUAUGGAAUCAGUGUAACUUUGCACUGGAUAUAUGUCCCAUCGUGGCAGCACCUAGGUUCUUACUUCAGUAACUAGAGACAAAGCCCUUCUUUCUCACAGCUGGUUUCUUGUGCACAGUUGCAAUUUCACCAGAUUAUUUUUAUUUAUAACGUUUGUGCUCCACGGUUCCUCCAAAGAGCUCAGAGCAGCUUCCGUAAGGCUCACAGGUGGUCUUGCAGCUCACAGGACCAAACCUGCCUAAUCUGCCUGGCUUCAGCAGCACAGAACAGUGUCAUGUGCCUUCAAACCAUUCCCUGUGCUCUUCGGAAAGGCUCCCCUUGCCCAUGCCUGCACUGACGCAAGCUCUUGUUUAUUCAUAGAAUAAGAUUAUGUGCCUAUCCAUGUCUUCAGUGCAUGAGUCCUGGAAAGUCACUGCUGAAUACACACUCUUUUUUUUUUUUUUGUAAAGCCAUGCUUUCUUGCAGACUUGUGUAUGAAUACUGCUGUAUAAGAAACACUUGUGCAAGGCACUUGGAUUGCCAUUGGCGCCUCACCAGCAUCCACUCUAACAGAAAUGCAUGCUAAGCCGCAGCUUUUAGUGCAUCUGCUCCAGAGGCACUUAUGCAAGGUCACUUGUGUGUAAUCACCCUUACUUGUGCAAGGGUGGUCAUUUGAUUUUGCUCAUGCAGCUGUGUGAGGUCACUUGCCAAUGCAGAUGUGUACAUGCAAGGUUACCUGCGGUUGAUUUGAAUGCACACAUGUUUGUUUUCUUUUCACACAGUUGCUUAUUCACUUUUCCUUGCUGACGACCAUGGUUUUUUAUGAUAAGAGCCAUUUCUCAUUUUCCCAAAAGCCUCAUUGUGAAAUUACAUGUCUUCUGGAGAAAUGGAUAAAUAGACCUCUCACUAGAAGUCCUAUUCACAUGCUGUGUUCAACACACAUGCAAUCUGUGUACAGUGUGUACAUGUACAGACCUGUACGCAUGUAUUCACAUGUUCAAUGCAUGUACUCACAUGUUCAACGCAUGUACAACCACAAGUACAGCAGCACCCUUCCUAUCUAUACCAUGCAUUUGAGGGACCUGUACCCAGUUUUGCUUUUAAAAUGAACGUAUGUACAAUCAUUCACACAGAAACAUGUACAUGUGUAUGGACACUUGAACACGCAGCAUAAUGUCUGGGGACUAUAGCUGCCUCUCUUCAUACUGAUGAACAGUAAACACUGGAUGUAUUGCCACUGGAGUUUCUAUAGAGUUGAAACUACUGAACUUUGUAUUAGUCACUGGUUUUGUGUGUUUCUUUUGUUUCAUGUACCUCCCCUCUCAUUCUUCAGAGCAAAGGGGUGGUUUUACUACUACUGUGGUUCUGCUUCUAAUCUAUGGAGUAAAAAGAAGUUUUCUGGGUUUGAAAUGCAGAGGGGGUGCAGAUGUUUUUACAUUCUCUCUGAAAUGACGUGAAAGUCAUUUGCUGCGCUUUGGGGAGUGCUGGGGGAGUGUGAGAGGGCUCUGGCCAAAUGGAUUAAGAUGUUUUAAUCGGAAUGUUCAUUUGAAUUAGAGAUUGGCCCUGGCAUCUGUUUUCAAUGUCAGUGUCCCUCAGUGGAAUAUUUAAGUCAAUAAUAAAAUAGUGCUUGACUCUGAGCCUUUCUUUCACUCCUGAGCAAUUGCCGCCAACUCCCACCUGCAUGAGAUGGGGGAUGAUGAGCUUCCAGGUCAGAGAAAGCAACUAAAAGGCAGGCUUGAGGCCUAACAGCUCCCAUCUUGGACAAUACGCAGUACCUGAAACUGAAAGUGGGAGGAAGCACUGCCUAGAAGCUGCUUGCUGUCAAAGGAAGGCAAAAGGGCAGAGCCUGUCCCCCACCCACUGGCUACAGAUUCUCCACACACAUUAGAAUGGGGGAGGGUUUGGGGGCAACUUCUUCUAUGUAUGCCAAAACUUGGUGGUGCCAGUCUUUCCUAAAAAGCACUCCCCUUUCAUACCUGUGGCAGUUGGAAAGUACAUGUGCAUGAGUACUUAAAUUGCUGUUCAGUUUGGAACAGCCCUCACAUGUCUGAGAAUGAAUGAAGCUAGUUUUGCAUUUAGGGACCUUCUGAACCCAUCUCUGUUUUCAAGGUUCAUUUUUAAACAUUCAGAGAGCAUUGGCUGACAUUCUGGAUUUCUAAUGUGUGGUCACUCAUGCCUUAACUUGUCACAGUCCCUGUCUGUCAUGCAAGGGUGGUUGUUGCCAUGGUUCCCUGCACAAAAUUGGUCCCACACUGAAGCAAAGUUGGGAAAAGCAAAAGCUCCCUUUAAAGCUUUUCCUUCCUUCCACAUGUCUCACAGGCAAGGAAACCAGGAUGUUAACCAUGCAUUCAGUUUUAAAGAGACCAGCUACAUCAUAUCUGCCCUCUGCUUAUCCUUCCCCAUCUCCCAGCUGUAUGUAUUAAAUUAUUAAGAAUGUACCUAUCUAUAACUAUGUAUAUAAAUAAAUAAAUAUAUAUAUAUAUUUGUUGCUCACUAAAAUUUAUCACUGUUUAUGGUACUGGAGAGCUUGAGUCGUUGUGCCUUGGUUGUAAAUAAGCUUGAAUUCUUAUUUUAUGAAUAAAAAAAGUCUCCAAU